UGGAAAAAACCAAGGUGGCUAACUAAACAAAUGUGGCGAUUCAAGCAAGCAACGUUAGAAGCAACAAAAAUCCCAUUGAAAAAAAAACACAGACCUUAUCUACUUAACUCGCAAGAUACGAGAAAAAACGGGGGCCAACUGUCAGCAGCAGCCAACGAACUAAUAAGAAAAAAUCAACGUUAGUCAAGUCAUGGGCAGGCAGGCGAGCAGACCUAUAGCUCGAACAGAGUAUCUAUCUUUCUAAUGGCAGUGAGAGUGUGUGUCUGCCAUACCGGGAGAUGAAGAAACAAAUGAGCGUUUUUACGAGGAGGUUUCUUUCUUUCGUUAAAUAUGCAACAGCGACAACAGCCGCCGUACACCAAGCAGUAAGCGACCCAAUGAUGUUGGGAGCCAAGCAAGAGCACCAAAAGAGCAAAGUAUCUGUUCAGGUUGAGCAGCACCAAGGCACACAGUUAUACACAUAUACACACACACACAGACGAGGAGAUACAUGCUACUCUGAUAUCUCUGCUAAAUGCUUUAGUUUGUUUUUCAACAAGAGUUUUGACUCAAAAGUGCAAACAAAACACAUUUUAAGGUCUUGCCCCGCCACCACUCAUUCAGAGAGUCAGAGCCACACUAACACUAGCAACAACAACUAAUCGCAAGAAACGCACACACACACACACACACACUCGCCUACAUGCCUACUUAAGCAAUGCCAAUGAGUACAAGCCCCCAAUGAACUGUUGGAGAAAAAGAGAAAGAUAGAUGGCAGUAAGCAAGCCAAAGAGAAACUGAAAGAAAGAGAGAGAGCCAAUGAAACGGGGUGGUUUUAUGCCAAACACACACACGCACACACACACAUACCGUUAUUAAGCACAAGCAGCAGCAGCAGUGUUGCUUGGACUGCUCCAUGGGCAACCCAUGUAGUGUAUCUGUGGGAUUUGAGUGGUGGAAUGAGAGAGAUUUGUGUGAUGUGUCGUUAGGUCGAAAUGGUCGAGUCGGGUCGGGUCGUGUACCUUUUGCCACGAAUGUUUUGUCAGUCAGGCUCUAAGAGGCCUUACGAAAACAGCUGAGAUUUUCGCUGCUCGCAUGACGCGCAUUUUCUGACAAACGAACAUAAUAACAAACAAAAAUAAAGAAAAAAUAAAACUUGGAAAUAAAAAAGAAAGAUCACAAAAAAGAAUAUAAUUUAAAAUUUUUUACACAAUUAAAGAGAAGCAUAAAAAAAUUGAAAAAGGAAUAUACAAGAAAAGAAAAAAAUCAACCAAUUUCUUAAAAAGGAAAUCUUAUGAAAAAAAUAUAUAAGAAAUUGUAGCAAAAAAAAAAAAAAAAUUCCGAAAAUUUUCAAAGUGCUUUUGAAAGAAAUGAGAAAAAAAAUUUUAAGAAUUAUUCCAAAGUGUUAAUGUUUGAAAAAAGAAGAAAAGUGCAGUAAAAGAAAUGCCAAGAAAUCAGCAAACCAAAGAAAUAUCAAAAUUUCUUUAAAAGAAUUUGAAAAAAAUUACAAAAAAAAAUCAGUGUUAUUGCUAUAACAACAACAAGAAAGUGAAACUACUGAAAAAUAUUGGAUUUUCAUCAUAACGCCGAAAAAAGAAAAACUGAAAUUUUUUAUUUCAAAAUUCCUCCAUUCCUCAACUUAAAGACCGUUGUCCCCUGAGGAGGCCACGGCUUUUUCGCAAAAUUUUCCCAAAGUGCAUUCUACCUACAAUAACGCCUGUACACCAACGGCCGCCAAAAUGAUCACACACAACUCUCUAAGUGUCUAUGGAGGCGGCGUUAUGUGUGCUUCACCCUCUACAGCGCCGGGUUUCUUCAAUCACCGACCCCAGUCCGGAGCUGAACUAUCCGCUUUUGACCUAGGCCUGCCACGUUCCAUGGCUUUGGGUGUACCACCGCCCACGGCCUGGCAUGAUCCCAAUUUGGGUGGCCAUUUACAUGCCUCCGCCGGUCCGGGCUCUUUGGCCGGUGCACAAAAUACCAAUGCCGGUUCGGUGGGCACCGGCGGUGGCACAACACCGUCCAGUGUGGCCAGCCACCAAUCGGUGGGCAUUAAACAAGAUCUAUCCGCCCUCUCCGCCGCCCAACAAACGAAUCACCAACAAUCCGCCGCCGCCACCCACCAUACCAUAAAAGAGGAUCUAUCCGCCAUGAAUGUUAGCAAUAGUGCCGCAGCCCAUCAUGCUGCGGCGGCAAAUCAACACUCCAGCCAUGAUAUGAGUUCGCUAAUGAAAGGAUCUCAAUCACAGUGUCUGGUGGGCAGUGGUAGUGGUGGCAGUAGCGGCGGUGGUGGUGGUGCUGGUCAUGGGGGUCAACAAUCAGCGGCCAAUGGGGGUAGUACAACACCUAGUUCACAGGCCAAUAGUUCACAUUCGCAGAGCAGCAAUAGCGGUUCACAAAUCGAUCCCAAACAGAACAUCGAGUGUGUGGUGUGCGGUGAUAAAAGUUCGGGCAAACAUUAUGGUCAAUUCACAUGCGAAGGUUGCAAAUCAUUUUUCAAACGUUCAGUUCGCCGCAAUUUAACCUAUUCGUGUCGGGGGAGCAGAAAUUGUCCCAUCGAUCAGCAUCAUCGAAAUCAAUGCCAAUAUUGCCGCCUCAGAAAGUGCCUCAAGAUGGGUAUGAGACGUGAAGCGGUGCAACGUGGUCGCGUCCCUCCCACCCAACCCGGUCUCGCUGGCAUGCAUGGCCAAUAUCAAUUGGCCAAUGGUGAUCAUAUGGGUGUUGCUGGCUUCAAUGGCCACUCCUACCUAAGUUCCUAUAUCUCAUUACUCCUGCGCGCCGAACCCUAUCCCACCUCCCGCUAUGGCCAGUGUAUGCAACCCAACAAUAUAAUGGGCAUCGAUAACAUAUGUGAAUUGGCCGCCCGCCUACUCUUCUCCGCCGUGGAAUGGGCCAAAAAUAUACCCUUCUUCCCCGAGCUGCAGGUAACCGAUCAGGUGGCCCUGCUACGUUUGGUGUGGUCCGAACUCUUCGUACUCAAUGCCAGCCAGUGUUCAAUGCCCUUGCAUGUGGCGCCCCUGCUGGCUGCCGCCGGUCUACAUGCCUCCCCCAUGGCCGCAGAUCGUGUGGUGGCCUUUAUGGAUCACAUACGCAUCUUCCAGGAGCAAGUGGAGAAACUGAAGGCUUUGCAUGUCGAUUCGGCUGAAUACUCGUGUCUGAAGGCGAUAGUGCUGUUUACCACGGGUAAGUUGCUGGAUAUCCUUUAUAAGGAUGUGCCGGCACUGCUUAGCAAAGUGUCACAGAAAGUUUCCAGCGAAAGUUUGCAAUUGUCCGAUGAAAUUAUGAUGGUGGUCAAAGAACAUUUGGAUGAACUGAAUCGCAUGGAGACGGAGAGUCAACAACAGCAUGCUGCCGCUUUGCAUUUGGCCACUUUCAUGAAAACGGUGGCCGGUGUUGAGGCUGUAACGCAAAAUGUGGCCUUGGCCCAAAUCAAAGAGAAUGUUAUGCCCAAUUGUGCAAGUGAAAUGGAAAAACUUGCGGUUCCUUUGAGUACCAGCUCGUCCACAGCCUCCACUAGUAUAGUGCCCUCGGCUACAAGUGCCUUCAGCACUUGUGCCCCCUCCGCCAAAGUCAAUGGCCAGCAGGAUGAUCUUCUAACGGCCCUAUACAAUUCAGCCAAUAAUGCUGCCAACAAUAGCAGUGGUCUGGGCAAUUCUCUGAAUUCUCAAAAUCUCAAUCUGAGUAAUUCGCCUGCGAGUGGUACCACUCAGAAUGGCAAUAACAACUCUUUGGCCAGCGGUUCAGCAAAUACUUUGACCUCCAAUCCUGCGUUUAUGUCACCCUCUCAGCAACACUGCCACCAACAACAGCAACAGCAGCAGCAGCAACAACAAAAACAACAGGCUGCUGCUGCUGCGGCAGCAACGGCGGCUAUGUUCUAUCAAACGCCGCCUAGGUCUGCCUUUGGUUCCGCCUUUGAUAUGUUCCAUCACAGUACCCCCUUUGGGGUAUCGCAUGCGGCAGCGGCGGCUGCUGCUGCGGCUCAUUCCUCCUCGGGAGCCUCAUUUGGUAGUCCUAGUUAUAGAUAUUCGCCAUAUAGCUAUGGCAGUAGAUGGCAAUUGUAGACUAGAGUUUACUCCAGUUCCAAAACCAAAAAUCUCCUUCUCCAAACCAAAGUCCUUAACUUAGUCUCGGUGUAAUAAAAAUGAAAACUUCUUUGUACUUAACUUCGAAAUGUGGUCCUACUUCUAAGUACCUCUUGUAGAUAAUGUAAAAACUUUAGUUACCUAAUUAGUUGUUUUCCCAUAGAUGUUAGUGUUUUAAACAGCAAAAAUUUAGUUCUAGUUCUCAGUACUUCUUAAGUAAAUGCCAAAAAAGAAAAACAAAAAUCAACAAAAAGUAAGCAAAACCAACGACUGAUCACUUUACUUUCUAUCUGCUAUCUAGGUUUAGUUAUUUAUUUCUAAUUAAAUUAUUUAGUGCCUAUUUAUUAAAUUUAUUUAUGACUUCAACUAAUCUAAGCAUAAUUUAUUUGGAAAAAGAAAAAUCAAAAGAUAACAUAAUAUAUUAUAUAUAAAUUGGAAAAAAAAACAUAAUUGGUCUUAUCUCUUUUUUGCUAUCACAAACAAAAUGA